ACUGCCAGGAGAGCCUCCUACUCCUAGCCUCUCGUUUGACAACUACUUUGUAGGCUCAACUGUUCGUUUCCCUGCGCCACAGGCCGUGGCGAUUGUUAUUUUUACUUUUAUUGAUUGGUUUGCGGAGACUGACGUUAGCGCACUAAUGGCGGAGUGCAGUACAUAAUUAUUUUUUGUAAGUGUGGAACAUAAUAACAGUAUUAUCGUACCAGUUUUACAGGCUUCGCAACUCUUACAGCCGUAUGAUGGCCGAAGAACAGGGUUGGAAUAUCCGGAGCUCAUUCGAGUCGCGGCACUGCAUCAAUCCCAUUCCGAAGCUGGUCGACGGCGGUAAAUUCAAACCGAAUCCCGACAAGCAGCUCAUAAAACUGAACAUCGGUGAUCCGACAUUCUACAAGAACCUACCUCCAUCACCUGUUGUUAUCCAGGCUGUGACUGAUGUACUGCAAGCUGGUAAAGAUAAUGAUUACAAAAAAACACCAGGAAUGGCAGAGGCCAGGGUAGCAGUUGCCAAGAAGUUCUCCUACCCCGUCAAUCCAGUUCAUGAAGAUCAUGUCAUCAUAACGUCCGGAUGUGCUCAAGCCUUGGAGUUUGCUCUGACCACGUUGUGUGACCCAGGCACUAAUAUUCUCAUUCUAAAACCAGGCUUCUCGAUGUAUAAAGUCAACACCGAUAGUCGGCAGGUGGAAGAUAGGUAUUACAACCUAUUGCCUGAGAAAUCCUGGCAAGCUGACAUAGAGCAUAUGGAGUCGCUGAUCGAUGACAAAACCAGAUGUAUUAUUCUGGUGAACCCGUCGAAUCCUUGCGGUUCCGUCUACAGCAAGGAACACUUGCUGGAGAUCGUGGCAGUUGCAGAGAAGCAUCGUUUGCCAAUCAUCACCGAUGAGAUCUACGGCGGAGUGGUGUUUGGCGGUGCUGAGUUCCACGCGCUGGCCAGCCUCACUGACCGUGUACCCAUCCUGACAUGUUCUGGUAUUGGUAAAAGUCAACUUGUUCCAGGCUGGAGGACUGGUUGGCUGAUUCUCCAUGACAACCAUGGCCGACUGGAAGAUGUUCGUGUCUGCUUGAACAACCUGUGGGCACGAAUCCUCGGCUCGUGCGGACCCAUCCAAGCUGCACUUCCUCGUAUUCUCAGCGAGGUUCCCGAUGAGUUCUUCCAGAACACCAACAGACAUUUAGAGGCCACGUCAACAUUAGCCUAUGAGAAGCUCGCCUCAGUACCGUGUAUCUUGCCGACCAAGCCACAGGGCUCCAUAUACAUGCUGUUUGGCAUCAACGUGGACCAGCUGGACGGCAUUGCUGAUGAUGUGCAGUUUGCUGAGCAGCUGAUGAGCGAGGAAUCCGUGUUCAUCCUCCCUGGCUGUAUUUUCAAGUAUCCCAACUACUUGCGUAUUGUCUUGCUGGCACCGGAAACUCUCAUCUCCGAGGCCAUGGAUCGCAUAGCGGCGUUCUGCCAGCGACGCAUGAAGGCCAAACGAGCGGAGUAGGCCGGGAAACAGAGAGGGUGAUACUGUGCUACUGGGUGUGAGUACAAGCAAGUCCUGUUGACGGACACGUCUCCUGGAUAAUGUAUCUCCAUCGGCACAUGAAGGCCACGCGGGAUGAGCAGGCAGGGCGUGGUAUACUUGCAAGUACUAAGUUUGAGUGUGGUGUAUAUGUACUCGACGUAGACGCUUCGACGGCCACUCCACUUCUGGUAAAGUAGGUACUGUGGAUAGCCUCAAUCUACUACCGCACGUGAGUGUGAUGUCUACUAGAGGCUUCAAUGGCCAUUGCCUGCUCUUUUCAUGGACAGUCUCUAACCCUUAGAACACGUUGCACACUGCACGGUGAUACUUGCUUGCUCAAUUUUCUAUUUUUAAAAACUAGUAAAGGGUCGAUCAUAUCACUCCAUGGAAUGUCUCAGGACUCCUUGUCAGUUUUGUGCCAAAUUACGCGUCUGACUGUUCAAAAUUUGGUAUAGUCGUGAACUCUAACGCAUAACUUGCGCUCCACCGUUUUCCGUGUUUCAAUUUAAAAUACUCCGUUGGCUCACCAUCUGAGUUCAUAUUACUUCUAUCAUAAUGUAUGUGGCUAUA